AUGCUUUAUGUAAACCGUCUCUUCUGUGCUAUUAUGAUUUCAGAGGUGCGUUUUGCAGUGACAUUGCGAUAUCGUGCAACCUUGCGUUUCCGUUUGUGGGAUAUAAUAAUGGAUGCCAGCAGUUUAUGGGAUGUAAUGGACACUGAUUUGGUUCCUAGAGAUGAGAUUGAGCUGUUGACACGUUACCUUGUUGACUCGUUGAGGAAUGAUGGGUUUAGAAAAAUUGCUGAUAAGUUUGUCAAAGAAGCAAACAUUGAAGAAGUAGGAGAGCUGGAUGGAUCGUACAUGGAAUACCAUGAGAUGUGGAGGGAACGCAAUGGUGCUGGCAUGGAUCUUUGGACUUUUUUUUGUAAUGAGAGGCUUAAGCAAAAGAGACUCAAAGAAAACACUUAUGCUGAUGAUCAAGUUAAUGACAAUGACAUGAUCAUCUCUCCUCCAAAAAGACAAGCAUUAAGCAAGCUGUGCACAUACAUCUUUGAAUACUUUGGUAAAAACAGGCAUUUGGCUGAUAUUUUUGUGAAAAUGGAAGAAACUGAUGCAAAACAGCCACAUGCUGGUCAUUCUGUCGAUGUUUGAGGGAAAAGAAAAGGGCUUUCAUUUUGUUCUUGUUAUGUCUAGAAUUCCUUUUCAAGUUUUUUUUUUUUUUUCUUUUUUUUAAUCUACCAGACUUUUAGACUUUGAGACUGUUCAGAAAUCAAAACCUGUUUAGUCAUGGGUCAUUGUUGUGUUUUGCUUUCUAAAAUCUUCUUCUAUAUUGCCUUUUUUUGUUCCAAGAAACUAAAUCUACACCACUAAUUUCCUUUGGUGAAAAUUCAUG